UCUGAUAAGCCGAAGAGGAUAUGGUUUGCAUGCUUGCUACACAGUUGCAGCUAACACUACUGUUUCUGCUCUGCUGGAGGAGGCUGACCGUUCCCAGAGAUGGCUGAAGAUAUCAGUGAGGCAGAGGAUACUCUUAUUUAUUGUUUAACAGGCUUGAAUACUAUGGGAAGAAUUCUACUCGAAAAUGGCAAGAAAGAAGCAGCAGGUACAGUAUACUACCGGUAUUUCAGUAGCUAUCGUGUGGUGCUAGCUAACUACUGUCACAUAUGACCUAUGCUGAGUGAGCCAACAAUAUCAAUAGACUCUGGAUAGCUAUGAAUAUUGAAAUAAUAUUGACAGUGAUCUGUGAGCCCUAGAGUGAAUUUCUCUACAUUGCAUGUACUGUUGCCUACAGUGGGCUUUUCAAACUGGGACGGAAGUGAAUUGUGUAUUUUUUAUGAAUAUCGCUACCUGCAACAGAAUAUCAUUUGUAUGUAUCUGACUGCGUCCAGCAUGAACGAAGUUAGAGGUAGUUUCACGAGCCAAUGUUAACUAGCGUUAGCGCAAUGACUGGCAGUCUACUGGAACGUUAGCAUGCUAGCUGUUCCUCUUCAUCCGACUCUGGGGAAGUAGAUAAACGGCUUCAUUGCAAAAUUUCGAACUAUCCCUUUAAAAUAGAGCAAAUUACCGUUUUCUUUUAGGCUUGCCGUCUGUCUCAGUGGUAAUUUUCCGGAUGGAAAACUGUUUCUGUGUCAAUUUGAAGGACCAAAACCAGAUAGAAAGAAGGCAGAAAAGAUAUUGAACUAUAUAUAUAUAUAUAUAUAUAUAUAUAUAUAUAUAUAUAUAUAUAUAUAUAUAUAUAUAUAUAUAAUAAUCUUUGAAAACUAACAAUCAAAUAAAAGCUAGACAGUAAGCAAGAAUACAAAAAUAAAUUUAAAAAACGGGCAUUCAAGGCACAUGCCUAUUGAUUUUGUACAAAUGUUUGAGCAGAGGAACAUGGCAUUAGCGCCAUGGAAAUAAUGCAUAGAAUUUCUGGAAAUUUGCUUCAAAACUGCAACAUUUUCUCUCAGCUCAAUGGAAAAAGUUUAGAUUGCAGAAAAUUUGCUUUACAACAGCAAAAUGUACUCUAACGCCACCAAUAUACUUUUCUAGCUAAUUGACUAUGUUAGAGUUUAUGCUUCCUCUUCGACUUUGGGGAGGUCAAAAUAAUGAAACUGUCCACCAAAUCUAUUCAUUUAAAAAUUAUGAUUACUUCAAAUUGCCAUUAUCAAUCACCUUUGCUAACAUAUGAUGGGGGUCCCUGGGUAGCCAGUUUGCCUGGGCAGGGGUCCCUGGGAAAGAAAAGUUUGAAAACCCCUGGCCUACAGCACAUGUUCUCAAAGUAGAAAAGUGUGAUCGGGGAUUAGUAAUUUAGCAAUAUGGGAACUAAGCUCCGUCAUUCAUUUGCCAGGACUGUCAGUUGCACAAUCAGCUACAAUGUUUAUUUGUCAUUCUGCAGGUUCCAUUGAAGAUUUUGUCCCAAAUAAAAUUACAACAUUAUUUGGAUUAAUGACUUGUGGUGCCAACUUCUAUAACAGGUGUGUGUGUGUUAGAGACUUUUGGCCUACUUUAGCUUAAGUUUCUUUCUCUCCUUUGGUGGCAGAUAUUCAGUCCAAUCCUGAUGAAUACAUUUUUGUUCACGUUUGUUAGUAUUGGUGUGAAGAAGAGGAGUGAGGCUGAAGACCUGUGGAAGAAAUCUUUUCAGUGAGUUUGGAGAGCAAACAUCAGAGAACUGCGUUACUCAAUCUGCAAACUAUUGUUCUUUUAGAAGAAGAAUAAAUACAUUUUGACAAUGACACUUCUCUCCCCCAAUCCUUCACCAGCCAUGCCAAGGUGCAAGAGCAAGUUGAGGAACUCCUGCAGUUGGAGGUUAGUCUUCCAUUCUACACAAUGGUCUAUUGUUAUCUGUGAUUUCAGGUGUACUUUUGGCAUGACUUGAGAGAUGAGGUUGUAGUAAAUAUGUAAUAGAGAUGUAAUAGGUGUGUGUGUGUGCUCCUGUAGGAGGAAUGGGAUGCCUUUCUGGACUGCAUAGACACUGAGCUGAAGACAACUGACAAGCAGCUCACAGGAGGCCCAACCUCACAGAACCUGAGUGCUGAUAUGCCCCUCACAGAUGCUAGGAGUGGAGAGUGAGUCAACAUAUACUGAACAAAAAUAUAAAUGAAACAUGUAAAGUGUUGGUCCCAUGUUUCAUGAGCUGAAAUAAAAUAUCCCAGAAAUGUUCCAUACGCACAAGAAGCUUAUUUCUCUCAAAUUUGUCAAGAUAAUCCAUCCACAUAACAGGGGUGGCAUAUCAAGAAGCGGAUUAAACGGCAUGAUCAUUACACAGGUGCACCUUGUGCUGGGGACAAUAAAAGGCCACUAAAAUGUGCAGUUUUGUCACACAACACAAUGCCACAGGUGUCUCAAGUUUUGAGGGAGCGUGCAAUUGGCAAUUUUGGAAUGCUGACAGCAGGAAUGUCAACCAGAGCUGUUUCCAGAGAAUUGAAUGUUCAUUUUCUACCAUAAACUGCCUCCAACGUCGUUUUAGAGAAUUUGGCAGUACAUCCAACCAGCCUCACAACCGCAGACCAUCUGUAACCACGCCAGCCUAGGAACUCCACAUCCGGCUUCUUCACCUGCGGGAUCGUCUGAGACCCGCCACCCGGACAGCUGUUGAAACUGUGGAAUCUCUGCACAAACUGUCAGAAACCGUCUCAGGGAAGCUCAUCUGCGUGCUUGUCGUCCUCACAAGGGUCUUGACCUGACUGCAGUUCAGCGUCGUAACCGACUUCAGUGGGCAAAUGCUCACCUUCGAUGGCCACUGGCACGCUGGAGAAGUGUGCUCUUCACAGAUGAAUCCCGGUUUCAACUGUACCAGGCAGAUGGCAGACAGCGUUUGGCGUCGUGUGGGCGAGCGGGUUGCUGAUGUCAAAGUUGUGAACAGAGUGCCCCAUGGUGUCCGUGGGGUUAUGGUAUGGGCAGGCAUAAGCUACGGACAACAAACACAAUUGCAUUUUAUAGAUAACUUAACGAGAUCCUGAGGCCCAUUGUUGUGCCAUUCAUCCGCCACCAAGACCUCAUGUUAUUUUUUUUCUCCCCAAUUUUGAUCUUGUCUCCAACGGGCUCGGGAGGCGAAGGUCGAGUCAUGCGUCCUCCGAAACAUGACCUGCCAAACUGUGCUUCUUAACACCCCCCAGCUUAACCCAGAAGCCAGUCACACCAAUGUGUCAGAGGAAACACCAUUCAACUGACGACCAAAGUCAACCUGCAGGCGCCCGGCCCGCCACAAGGAGUCGCUAGAGCGCAAUCAGCCAAGUAAAGCCCCCCCGGCCAAACCUUCCCCUAACCCGGACGACGUUGGGCCAAUUGUGCACCGCCCUAUGGGACUCCCGAUCACGGCCAGUUGUGACACAGCCUGGGAUCGAACCCGGGUCUGAUAAUGCACGGCCCCAUGUCGCAAGGAUCUGUACACAAUUCCUGGAAGCUGAAAAUGUCCCAGUUCUUCCAUGGCCUGCAUACUUACCAGACAUGUCACCCAUUGAGCAUGUUUGGGAUGCUCUGGAUUGACGUGUAUGACAGCAUAUUCCAGUUCCUGCCAAUAUCCAGCAACUUCGCAUUGAAGAGGAGUGGGACAACGUUCCACAGGCCACAAUCAACAGCCUGAUCAACUCUAUGCGAAAGAGAUGUGUCACGCUGCAUGAGGAAAAUGGUGGUCACAUCAGAUACUGACUGGUUUUCUUAUCAACGCCCCUACCUUUAUUUUAAGGUAUCUGUGACCAACAGAUGCAUAUCUGUAUUCCCAGUCAUGUGAAAUCCAUAGAUUAGGGCCUAAUGAAUUUAUUUCAAUUGACUGAUUUCCUUAUAUGAACUAACUCAGUAAAAUGUGUUUAUACAGUAUCUGUGACCAACACAGCAGUGCAACAUUCACUGGGGACAGGGGGCCAUGUCCCCCCCCACAUUCUGAAAUUGCAUUUUUGUCCCCCCCAGUUUUAUCAUUGGAAUGUGAUACAAAAUGAGGCAACGGUGUGCUUUAGGACGAUGCGGACGCCUCUGAGCGGUCGGGUAGGCUGUUUGGAGUGUUUAUCCGACUGGAUUAAAAAUAAUAAUAAUUAUUAUUAUUAUGUCCCCCCCCCCACUUCUAAAACUAAAGUUGCGCCCCUGGACCAACAUAUGCAUAUCUGUAUUCCCAGUCAUGUGAAAUCAAUAGAUUAGGGCCUAAUGAAUUUAUUUCAAUUUGACUGAUUUUCUUAUAUGAACUGUAACUCAGUAAAAUCUUUUAAAUUGUUGCAUGAUGCGUUUAUAUUUUUGUUCAGUGUAGAACCAUUACAUUUUAGAUUUUAGUCAUUUAGCAGACGCUCUUAUCCAGAGUGAGUGCAUACAUUUAAUUUUAAUUUUUUUCAUCAGCAUAACCAGCUUGCUCACAUCAUUGAAAUAGUCUGGACCGCCACUGUGGUAAACUUGUCUCAGAAGGACUAGGAGAAAGUUCAGGGAAAAUUGUGAAGAGUACAGUCUGAGUACAGUCUGCUAUUUACCUAGAAAUUACAUCGUAAAAUAUUAAUAACCAAAUAAUUCCAUUUAGGUUUCUUUGGGAUUGAGAUCUUUAGUGUUUCAGCAGGUAUAAAAUACCCAAACUGACCCUCUGUUGUUGUGUUUUGCAGGAAUGUGACUCUGGGCCAGUACUUUGGGAAAGGGGAGAAUCUACUGCUCGUCCUUAUCCGACACUUUGGAUGACUACCGUGACGAGAGCACGUGGCUGAGCUGGAGACCCAACAGGUCAGUCUACCUGAGAGGAGAGGAGCUCAUCUCCUACCAUCUCUCAGUGCUCCUAACUUCCUUUAACACCACCUACCUACCAUCUCUCAGUGCUCCUAACUUCAUAUAACCUCUCAUACCAUCUUUAAGUGCCCUUAAUCUCUAGCAGCCUUUAGUGCCCCGUAUUGCACUCUGUUUUCAGUAGGGAUGGGUGCGAGGACUUGAAUAUUUGAGUGCUCGAUUCAAGGUUUGUAAUCUAUUUCUAGUAUGUCAAAUGCAGUGAACAUUUUUAAAUGUACUUUUCAGUUGUGUAUCAGAACAACCAGUAGGUCUAAUUGGAACAAUCGAUAGCACACCUCAAACUUUUUUGGCCUUCAGACCCAUUUCACGCUAAAUUUUUUGCAUAAGAGCACUCGAACACAGACAUUCUUUCAAAUGCCCAUCGCUAAUUUUAAGGGACUCCUAGAUUCUCAGUCGGCUCGGGUACUGGUGGUUUCCUUUGGCUGUCGGGAAGGUGCUCAGCUCUGGCUAGAACAGACGGGCUGCAAGUACGACAUGCUGCUUGACCCACAGAGGAAGGUAAGAGUACGGCAGCCACUGUAGAGGGCCACUCAGGGCUGAUCUUGACCUUUGGUAUUUCAAUGUAAAGCUUGUAUGUACUCAGUGUUAUGCCAAUGUUUUGCCUACUGGAAACGUAUUAUCUGUGUUCCAGAUUUACAGGGCAUUUGGCCUAGGAUCUUCCUAUUUAAAGGUGAUGAAUUUCCACUGCUUACUUCAGUAUGCAGAGUAUGUUGUGUUAGGCCAAGAGUUUCCUGACAUUCCACCACGUUUCCUGGAAGAUCUCUAUCAGGUAUUCAGAAAUUCUACUUAAGAUACAGUAUACAUUAAACACAGAAAAUAAUAUUUCCUCUUUCUAUUAAGAAAAGUAUCCAUACAAUGCCCAAUUAUUUUGGGAUAGGUUUGUAUAAUCCAUGUCCUCAUUAUAAUUCCGUUUUUGAUACGAUUUCAGAUGGGCGGUGACUUUGUCCUGGAUGAAGGCGGGAAAGUGAUCCUCUCUCAUCCCUGCAAGAAUCCAAUGGACAGGCCUGAAGUAACACAGAUGGUGGCUACCAUCUCGUCUGGUGGCCAUCCUACUAGCUUAUAA